AUGCACCGGAUUUUGUUGGAGGAUGAUGCAAAGCCCGUGCGACAGCCUCAAAGGCGGCUUAACCCACCUAUGAUGGAGGUGGUAAAAGCCGAGAUUCUGAAACUUCUCCAAUCUGGUAUGAUUUUUCCAAUUUCCGAUAGCAAAUGGGUUAGUCCGACCCAAGUUGUUCCAAAGAAGUCUGGAGUCACAGUUGUAGAGAACAAAGAUGGUGUCUUAGUUCCCACCCGUGUCCAAAAUGGGUGGCGAGUCUGCAUUGAUUACCGUAGGCUUAAACGCGAUGGAUAUUCUGGAUAUUUUCAGGUGGCCAUAGCGCCGGAGGAUCAGGAGAAAACAACCUUCACGUGUCCUUUUGGCACGUUUGCUUACCGGAGGAUGUCUUUUGGACUAUGCAAUGCCCCUGCGACUUUUCAGAGGUGUAUGGGUAUAGAAGUUGAUAAGGCAAAAAUUGAUACUAUUCAGUCCUUACCUUACCCUACUAAUGUGCGAGAAAUCCGUUCUUUUCUUGGUCAUGCAGGCAUUCGAGAAUUUGAAGGGAGGCUAGUUUCGGCUCCUAUCAUUCAACCUCCAGAUUGGUCCCUUCCAUUUGAGAUUAUGUGUGAUGCAAGCGACUAUGCCGUAGGUAGUGCUAGGACAAAGAGUUGGAAGGGUGCCACAUGCCAUUAUUAUGCUUCUAUGACACUAAAUGAGGCACAGCGUAAUUACUCCACGACUGAGAAGGAGUUCUCUCCGUCAUUUAAUGGCAAGAAAGAAGCCAAACCUAGGCUAAUUCGGUGGAUUCUCUUAUUGAGCGAGUUUGAUUUGGAAGUUCGAGACAAGAAAGGAACUGAGAACUUGGUUGCAGACCAUUUGAGUCGAUUGGUAUCCUCUUAUGAUCUAGAACCAAGUUUGGAGAAGCCAUGGCAAGAGCCUAUUCGGGAAGAGUUUCCAGACGAGCAAUUGAUGGUCCUAGGAUGCUUACACCCAUGGUAUGCCGAUAUUGUCAAUUUUCUUGUUUCUAACUGUUUUCCUCCUCAUUUUUCCAAGGCACAGAAAGAUAAGCUCAAGAGCGAUGCCAAGCACUAUGUAUGGGAUGGGCCUUAUCUCUGGAAGCACUGUGCAGAUCAAAUAGUAAGGAGAUGUAUUCCUGAUGAAGAGAUUUGGAAUUCCAAGGGCAUUGAUUAG